AAGUGGUAGUGACCACGCUACAGACAGCUGGCCAGUCUCAAGAAUGCUCCAUCCAUUCAUUUUCCUGCUAUUUGUGGUUCCUCAGUCCUCUGUGUCUCACAUGACACCAAGACCUUUGAAAUACGGAUGUCAACUUGGCAAACCUGAAGAAUGUGUCAAGGCUUCUUUUGUGCCUGGCCAUACCUUGCUUGGAUCAGGGCUAAAUAUUGUGACCAUGAGGAAAACCCGUGCUUUUCUCUUGGACCUGCAGGCUUAUGAAAACAGAAACAAAACAUGCACAUUAUGUAAAAAUACUCAUCAUCAAAAUGUCCUGGAGAAAAUUCCAAUAGCCAUGAUCGACUGGCAACCCGAGACUUCAUGUUCCAGAUCAAUCAGUGGCAGCAUCUCCCAUUCAAAAGUAGAAAUGGCCAAUGAAGAUACUUCUCGUAUUUCCAAUGACUGGAAACUGGGGCUUAACGUGUCUAUUGAAAUCAUUAAAGCAAGUGUAGCAAUUGGAGGUUCCCACUCUACAAUGGCAAAAUUUGCUGAGAAAAAAUCUGUAACUGACAAAUAUGAAUUCCUCAGCAGUCAACUCCAUUGCUCAGUUUACAGUUUCCGUCUUUCUUCAGAUCCGCCACUGAGCCCUCACUUUGCUAAGGCUUUAAGACGGCUCCCAGCCUCUUAUAACAGAAACACCAAGGGGACGUACAGGAAUUUCAUAGUUUCAUAUGGAACCCAUUACAUCACCGGAGCCCAGGUAGGGGGACGACUUAAGGAGGUCACUGCAGUGAGGACCUGCCAAGUGGCUAUGAAUUCCAUGAAAAUCAGUGAAGUCAAAGAUUGUCUGGAGUUGGAAGCAGCGGCCAGUGUGAAGAUCAAGGCGGUAGAUGUCGGUCCUAGUAUGUCACAUAAACAGUGCAGGGAAAAGGCAAAUAGUAUGAGCCAAGGAAAGGAUUUCCAUACAAUAUUUACUGAACGAAUGUUUGAGCUAAACGGUGGAAAAGCUACAUUUAAUCUGUUUGACGGAAACGCAGGAAAAAAUUCUGAAGAAUUUUCAGCUUGGAUGGAGAGCCUCAAAAAUAUUCCUGAUCUGGUUACUUUUUCCCUGAAUCCCAUUCACAAUUUAGUGAGAUUCAGUGGUCCUCAGAAGAAUAAUCUCAAAUUAGCUGUCAGUAAUUAUAUAAGUGAGAUGGCUUUACAAAUGAAAUGUUCCUGCUCAGGAAAGGCUCACCUAAGCCGUAAUGGGGACUGCUCCUGUUUCUGCCCAGCAACUAAAUAUGGAAACUCAGACUGCUGCCCAACCAACAAAGGCCUGGCCCGUCUGGUACUAUAUGUUACAAAGGCAACUGGUCUUUGGGGUGACUAUAUCACAAAAUCAGAUGCCUAUGUGAAAUUCAAGUUUGAUGGCCAUGAAGAGAGGUCAAGAACUGUGUGGAACAAUGAUUAUCCCAUCUGGAACGACAAUUAUGAAAUUGGUAUGGUGGAGCUCACUGCUGUGAAAAAGUUCACCAUAGAGGUGUGGGAUGAAGACUAUGGGUAUGAUGAUGAUUUACUUGGCAAGUGUUCUGAGCCCUUGAUGUCAGGAUUAAACAAAAAAACCUGCCGUUUGAAUCAUGGAACUUUAUCCUAUAGCCUUAAAGUCACUUGUGCCACUCACCUUCAGGGUAACUUCUGUCAAGACUACAAUCCAGUUCCACCCUAAUGUAUUUCUUGUUGGGUAACAUCUGUCUGUCACCCACCUAAUGAGUGGCUUAAAAUUGUAAGAACCUUCUCUAUGCCCUACUUUUUCUUACAGUGCUUUAUACUUUCUUUCUUGUUAUUUGUGAAAUCAUUAACAAAUUGUUAUUAUUAUUUGUGAAAUUAUUAACAAACAGUUUUGUUAAAGAGUGUGCGUUUUAUACAGUUUUAUCUAUCUAUCUAUAUCUAUCUAUGCAAGCUAGUGUUGCCACUUGAUUUAUAAAAUAU